CACUGACAUCCCGUCUAUAUCCAAGAAAUGUUGACAUUACGUAUCACUCGUGCACCGCUCGGCGCUUGUUCACUUCCGGAGUCAAUUCCGCCCAUCGGGAACUAAUUGCACUAGCGAAAUCGAAUUUGACGUCAAAGUUGCCAAGCGGCGCACGGUUUCUCCCACCCCACCAUCAGCUCAUCUCCGUCAUUCCGUCUCGUCCCCAAUUCAAACCACCAAAAACAACCGCAAUGGCCUCCCUCCUCCCCGUCUUCCGUCCUGUCCUCCGGACUCUCGUCCGCAGCUCUGUCGCGGCCCCUCGCUUCAUCGCCGCUAAGCCCCGCGUCUUCGCCGCCUCUACCCGCCGCUUCGCCGCUCCCUCGUUCGCUAACAAGGAGCAGCCGCGUCUGCGCCUCGGCUCCGAUGCCCCGAACUUCACCGUCGCCACCACCCACGGCGAGCUGAACUUCCACGACUACAUCGGCAACUCAUGGUGCAUCCUCUUCUCGCACCCCGCGGACUUCACGCCCGUGUGCACGACCGAGCUCGGUGCCUUCGCAAAGAUGCGUCCGGAAUUCGAUGCCCGCAACGUCAAGCUGAUCGGGCUCUCCGCCAAUGGUCUGGAGCAGCACGAGAAGUGGGUUCAGGACAUCGACGAGGUCACCGGCUCCAAGAUGCACGCGGGCUCUGACGGGUCAUUCCCCGUCAUUGCCGACGAGACCCGCGAGGUCGCGUGGCUGUACGAUAUGGUUGAGCAGAGCCAGAUCGAGAAUCUCGCUACUGCCUUCACCAUCCGCAGUGUUUUCAUCAUCGACCCUGCCAAGAAGAUCAGGUUGAUCAUGACCUACCCGGCGAGCACCGGACGCAACACCGCAGAGGUUCUCAGGGUCGUGGAUUCCCUCCAGACCGCCGACAAGAACGGAAUUGCUACGCCCGUCAAUUGGCAGGUUGGCGAGGACGUCAUUGUCCCCCCUACCGUGACGACCCAUGACGCGAAGAUGAAGUUCGGCGCCGAGAACGUGAAGGAGCUGAAGCCGUACUUGAGGUACACCAGUCUGAAGAAAUAGAUUUCUUCCCCGCUCGCUCCCAUAGAUGUCUACACACAGAUAGAUAAAAGUAGCUGUAUCUAUACACGGUUAGAACACAUUUUUUUCUCUCUGCAUAUAUAUCACCUGGCCUUCAAGAACAGUUGAUAUUUCUUCGCACCAAUCGUCUAAACAAACAGCAAUCAAACAUCUACGCAGGCCCAUAUUCCACCUCUAACUCAUGGGCCGUCCACAGCAACUAUUGACCUGUGCAAAACACCCGCUACAGUAAAAGUGCCCACAGUUCGCCUUCUUAUCUGCGCCGUCGGUGUCACAGGCAGUACAGCUUUCUCCGCCAGCCGGGGCGGAAGGGGCAGGAGCCUGAGCAGGCGUCGGGGCCGGGGCCUGGGCUGGUACAGAAGCAGGAGCAGGAGCAGGAGCAGGAGUAGGUGCAGGAACUGGUGCAGGGGUAGGGCGGGG